CCGCGCUACCAGAAGAAAAACAGCCGCCGCCCUCCUCCCCAUCCCUUCCAUCACCGCAGCAGUAUCUCAGCUGAGCACGCACUCAUGAACAUAAUCUUUGGGUCCGUUGGAAUUUCCGCCGCAAGGACGUCAAAAAGAUCGAAGACACGAGAUCUAAACAAUGAUAAGUUGAAGGAACACUGUAAAAGCAGUUUACAAUAUACAGAGGAACCGGUUUUCAAUCGGCCAGAAAAUAAUCAGAGCUGAGUCGCGUGGAUUGGAUCUGCCGGAGAUGAGGAAGUUCGUGCAUCUGGUGCUCAAGUACAGGCACACCCUCAACGAAUUCUCGGUGCGCAACAUCGACACGUCGCGAUUUUUCCGCCCGGCGUCGAUGCCGCCGGGGCCCUUUUCGUUUCCAACUGAGCCGUCCGACCUGCCUCCCCAAGCUAUAAGCUUCUCCCCUCCCUACCUUGGCUGUGGUAGUGCCGUGGCCGAGAUGGACUUCAUGUUACUCGGCGGGGAGCACAACAAGUUACUCGCCGUGGACCAGGAGGGCAACUCCAUCCUCUACGACCCCAUCGGGAACAACACCCGCGCCAUGCCGCCCCUCGCCUCCCCCAAGUCCAUGUCCUUGUCCCUCACCGUCGGCGGCACCGACCUCUACGCCAUGAACCAGAUCCCCAGCUGGCCGCCGACCGCAAACCCCGUCUUCCACGACCACGACUUUGAAGGAAUCCUCUUCGACCAGCAGCAGCAGGGCUAUGACUGCUGUGCUCUCCCUCCGACUCCCUGCCGCUUCAAAGACUUCAGUCCUAGCCACGGCUCCAUCCUCUCCUACGUGGUAGCUGGAGGCGGAUCCAGCAUCUGGAUAACGAAGCAUGAAAUGGGCACCUAUUCGUUCGACACCCGGACCAGGCUGUGGAGCAAGGUCGGCGACUGGUCCCUGCCCAUUCUUGGCCGCGGUGAGUACGUCCCAGAGCACAAGCUCUGGUUUGGUCUCUCCUCGUCCUGCCACCACCACCCGAGCAUCCACGAUAUUGACACUGACCUACUAUGUGCCGUGGACCUCGAGAUGGCGCAGAAUCAGAAGCCGCCGGUCAGUUGUGCCAGCUGGGAGCAUGCCGUUCCGCCCAAGGAGUGGGACUGGUCACAUGUGGCCUCUUACCUCAUGCACCUGGGCUCGGCCAAGUUCUGCCUCGCCAGGUUCUUCGACAGUGACAGGCCGCCCCGCCAGUUUGCGGUGUUCACUGGCUUGGAGGUGGAACGAUGUGUCGACGAGGAGAAGGAUCAGGAGGGAGGGCUCCGCAUGUUGAAGCACAGGUCUGAGGUGUACCUGCUUCCGUCCGACAUGGUCUUUUGGGUGCUCUGAUUGCACUUUAUUACAGAGGGAAGGCCUGGUUUUGAAUAAGGACAUAAUGAUUAUGCUAGUUCGAUCCUGAUUAUGGAUCAGGGCAUUGUGGCCCUUUAGAUAGAUUAUGCUAGUUUGAUCCUGAUUUUGAAUCAGGGUAUCUGUUUGCUUGCAGCUCCAGAUCUGGCCGGGUUGUUGUUUAGCUGGAUCAAUUGGAUAAUAAAAUUGGCUCCAGCCUCUCGGAGGAUCCAGUUCUUGGUGUUUUCUGCUCUUUUUGAGUUUUGUGUCCAAGGGACUGCCAUGUCAUGCAGAUGUAUUACUCAAAGAUUUGGUCUCAGUCUCUCUAUUGAUGUUGUGUUAUCAGUUUAAA